UUCUAUGUUCCAGUGUCAUUCUUUGACUUUUGAGUUCAUAGGAAAUUUCCGAGUGCGAGGCUACGGAAUUAUAUAUUUUUCGUUUUACUAAAAAUAGUUUUUUAAAAAUAAUUUUUAAAAAUUAGUUUAUUUUUUAAAAAAUUUGAUUUUUAUUUUUGUUGUGUGAAUGUUCAUCUUAAAAAAAAAUGUAUAUUUUGAAAAUUAACGACGACCCAAAAUGAUUUCUACAAAAACCACAGUUUUAAUGCCCUCCCCUUUGAGUUUCACAUUUGCCACCAAUAAAAAUUAGACAAAAAAGGAGAAAAUAAUAGUAAUUUUUAGCUAGCUAGUUAAGCGUUAAUGGAUAGUGAUAGCAAUAUGGAUUUUGUGAAGCUCGUUGGUGGCGUUGCGCUAGUAAUUUUGUUUCCAUCAAUAAGAGAUGCAGCAGCUUUCGCUGCGAAAAGGUUAAGAAAUAGCAACUUGGUGAAAGUCUUAACCUUUGACCCGAAGUAAAGAACACGCCAGCAAGAGGACCACUAAAACCAACGGAGAUUCAAUUACAGUUUUGAAGUACACAACAUUCUGUACCAAGAGGCAUCCAGGGGAAAAUGAGUAGCAUCUUUUCCAAGUUUUUAAUUACCAUUUUUUUGCUGUUGUUACUGUCAUCAAAUUGUAGUGGGAUAAGAGAUGGAGAAGAUCAGAAAGCUGCCAACGAUACAUGUGUAAUGCGUUGUAGCGCCGCCAAAGAUACACACCAGAUCCAAUUAAGAUUCAACCAUUCGCAUGGGAAAGUUGCCCCCAUAAAUCUGGAUGAUCAUUAUCAAGGUUAUGUGGCCAUCAGAAAUCUGAGUCCAAAAAAUUUACCAAUUCUUUGUACGGUCACAAAUUAUGAAACUGCAUUUACUGCGGAAAUCAAUGAGCUUAUCAGGAGAACCAAUGCGACCGUAAUUUGUGCUCUGCCUGCGAAAGAUAAAACAACAAUGGAAAACGAAUCUUCAACGAGUUACGUGUCUCGCCAUAUGUAUGACAUCACUCACCAAAUUGCUAGUCUACUUGGCAAUUACCAGUGGUUAAAGCCUGGAACGUUUGAUGGAGACGAGUUGGACAGAGUUAGUGACUUAGACAUCGUUGCUUUCAACUUGAAUAGCCGUCCAACGCAAAAUGCAGGUGGGAUUAUUCAAAUGGCUGCUACUUUAUCCUUUUCCACAUCCCGGCCACUUAAGUAUUUUACAGAGUUAAGCAUCGCCGUACUAGUAAGAGCGACUCCCAGGCAGUUUGCUAACACAAGUCUUGACGAAAACCACAUGGAAACACAUAUUACUGGGUUCUGGGUUGAUAUUUUUAAAGCAGCUGCUGCGAUGAUGGACGUCGAUAUCACCUAUAAACUGGUUCCGUUCAACGGAUCUGAUGAUCAAUUGCUGAAAAAAGUUGCUGAUUCGACUUACGAUGCAGCCAUUGGCUUAUCAGUAAUUACAGAAGAACGAUCCCAGCUUGUAGGAUUCUCAUAUCCCUAUUUUGGAGUAGGACCGGUGCUAGUGAUGAAGAAAAAUCUUGAAUUGAACCAAGUUUUUUCAUUCAUGAUCCCUUUCACCAUCGAGAUGUGGCUUACCAUGGCAUCUAUGACUGUUUUCACUUGUUUUGUUAUUUGGUUAGUUGAAUGUAGAGGUGGUAAUGAAUCUGGUGAUUUGCCUUUUAGACAAGUUAGAGCUAUCUUCUGGUUCCCUUUUGCGAUUCUCUUCUACGGAGUACAUAGAGAAUCACCCAGGAACAGCUUAACCUAUUUUGUGCUUGCCCCAUGGUUAUUACUGAUUCUGGUUGUGGCUUCAACCUAUACAACGAGUUUUACUUCCAUGAUAACAAGCUCAGAGACUGAGACAUCUUGCUUAGAUAUAGAAGAUCUCAAGAAAACAAAUGCUAUUAUCGGUUGUGAUGAGGAUUCUUUCAUCUUCCAGUUUCUAGUGGAGUACCUUGGAUUUCAACCAAAGAAUAUCAAGAACUUUACUCAAUCUUCAAUCGAUGAUUAUGCGAAGGCUCUAUCAAGAGGAAAUAUAAAGGCUGCCUUUUUUUUAACUCCUUAUGCCGAUAUUUUCCUUGCAAAAUACUGCAAAGGUUUCCAGUCAUGGAAGCCAGCCCGUAACCUACGCGCUUCUGCAGUUGUGUUUCCACGGGGUUCUGCUUUAGUUUCAGAUAUGUCAGAGGGGAUGCUGCGAUUAAUGAGCAGCGGGAAAUUCAAGCAAAUGAAGGAAGAGAUGCUAUCUUUUGCGGAUUGUUCGAGUUCAACGAUUGAUGGCACCAUAAAACGAGGAAUAGGACCGGGGCCUUUCUCAGGCUUGUUUAUUUUAUCAGGCGGGGCAUCUGCAAUCGCAAUGUUAAUCACUGUGGUUCGUCCGAUGAAAAGACGUUGGGAGAGCUUCAUUCAGGGAAUGUUGAUGGGUAGAGGACUUUGGGUGUGGCUGACAACUCUGUUUUUUCAAAGCCAGAGGAGAAAUGAGCUUCAACUAUCAAGCAUAAGCUCCACUUCCCAGACACAACUCAGCAGCUCUUAGCAUAUAUAUUAUCCUGUAAACUAAGUACUAGUAAUUAGCUAUCAAACAUAUAUAUAUAUAUAAAAAAAAAAAAAGAAUCCAGGGGUUAGAUUUCAUUUCCCUUCGCUUUGAUUAGCAUUAUUACACGAGUUGCCACUGGUCCCUGGACCCAUAUGAUAAAGGAGAUGUGAAGUAUAUAGCUUGCAUGUUUGUCAAUAUUAAGUUUGUGUAUCUCCAGAAUGUCUCUGAUCUAUGGGAUGAAUAACAUCGUGAACUAUAUGAAGCAAAGAAUAAUUCCGGGGAAGAGGAUAUAGUUUCAGAACGAACUGCUGGCUAAGUGCCGGCUGUACGUCUGUCAGCAACCAAUAAGAAUAAAGUCAAACCAUAUAAUUUUUCUUAUUAAAUAAAAGAUCGAAACACCGAGAAAGGUUUAAUGUUGACCCAAAAUUGGUUCUUCCAUACCACUUGGCUUACAAAUUGGUUCCAUUUUAUGGCUUUUGUGACAAUUGGUGGAGGAAGUUACCGGCAAUGUCAGUAUCAAUUUUCUUUCGAGCACUCUAUUUUUUUUAGUCCUGCAAAGAAGAUUUCAUAAAGAAUCUAUGCUACGAUGGACCCACUGAGGCCUGGAAAGAUUCUUAUGGGAUUUGAUUAUGAUUUCGAAAAGUUUUUUUCUCAAAAACCAUUUUUACAGUAACUCCUAGUCGAGCCAAAUAAGCCUGUGGCAAGUCAAUUUUAUCAAGAACAAGCAAUCACUCUACAUUCUCU